AUUCAAAUCAUAUUAUUCAAUCUAUGGCAACAGUUGAAGAAAUUGAUAUUGAUAGCGGGAUGGAAUCACAAGAAGGUUCUCAAUCAAUGGAUGAUAUCUCUGAGAAGAAGGAGAAGAGGCAACCAGAAAUUGAAGAGAGUGAAGAUGACGAGCCUGAUGAGACCUUAGCUGAAAGACUUUGGGGCUUGACAGAAAUGUUCCCAGAACCCCUGAGAAAUGCAACAUAUGCUGCAUACAUCAACACACAAUUAGGAAUGAAAUGUGCAUAUGGAUUUUCACGCAGUGCCAUGUGGAUAAUUUUCAGCACUUCCAUCAUUUUGUUUGCCCCUGUAAUAUUCGAAGUUGAGAGAGCCCAAAUGGAGGAGAUGCAAAAGAAUCAACAGAAACAGUUGUUACUGGGCCCAAAUUCAGCAAUAUCAGGUGGUGUUCCACCUCCCAUAAUGCCCCCAAUGCCACAACAAAGAAGUUGAGUUUCACACAUGGACUUGUAUCAUUACAACUAGAUUGUGAAAUUGGCUGUACUAACAUUCUUAAAUACAAUUCUUUGUAUGUUCCUGCAUUUUUGGAUGCUUUGUUUUGAAUAUUUAUAUUAUGGAAUAGAAUAUUGUAGUUGGUAUUCUCUCAUGUUGGGGAAAAAAUAGGAGAAAUAGAUUGUAAGAGAUAUUGUAACUGGUAAACUCUUGCAGGGAAGAUUUUACAUUAAACAUUUCUUCAGAC